AUUAUUUUAAAGUGAAUAAUCUGGACUGUAACUAUGAAACUUCUAUUUGUUUUGCUGACCUAUUUGGCAUUCGCUAGUGCAGACGAUGAUCUGCAUUUGAGUCCAGAAGAGAAGACUGAGGGUGUCAACGAACUUAUUGAGUGUCACUCAAAGCACAACGUUACUAUGGAACAGAUAACUUCGAACUUCGUCGAAAUUGUCGAAGAAGCCGAUAACACUUUAAAAUGCUUUGCAAACUGUAUAUUUGAAAAGCAUGGUAUGAUUGUGGAUGGCCAGAUACAGCCCGAUGUGGUGCUGAAAGAAUUUAGUCCUUUUUUUGGCGCUGACAUGGUUAAGUCCGCACAGCCCGUAUGCAAUUCAAUCAAGGGCUCUGACAAUUGUGAUACAGCUUUUAAGGUUAAGAAUUGCUACUAUAAAAUUGCCGGAAAAAUGCUUCCCUCUCAAAUAUUAAGGUUUGUGAAUGGUACUUUUACUGUGCUUUCAAAGCCUAUCCCUUAAGAUGUAUGGCAAUUCACAGAAAUUUCAAACUGUUUUAAUAAAUUAAUAAAAAAGAGCAUUGUAAAAAAUAA